GUCGAGCAACUUUUUUCUGCCAAUUUUUUAAAUCUAAUUACGAAAUGAAAAUUUAUAAAAAUGAAGAGUAAAAGCUUUCAAAAAUGCCGGCUUUAAUUAUGUAGAAAGUAAUUGGUGUUAGUCAUCCAUCGAUAGAUUAGAGCGAUAAGUAACCAUUUUUUCGGCUUCGGUCCGUGUGUUUCCGCUUCUUUUUAACUUAAAGCCUUACGUUAAACGAGCUACUUUGACCCUACGAGCGGGAAAAAAUGGGUUUAAGCCGCCACAAACAACAUCUGUAAGUUAUCAAUAACCGUGUUGCCACGGCACAUCUUUAUGCAAUAUAAAAGUUUCUUCCUUACGGUCAGGCGUGGGUUCGGUUCUCGAUUACUCAGCCAGGCUGUAACAGAAAUGCUAAACAUCGAAAGGGGGUGUUUUUUAAUCGAUCGGAGAGGGGGUUCCUUUCUUAAUUAUAAAGCCAUUAUUUGGGUAGAUAUAAGAGUUUAUAAUAGAAUUAAUUAGUUUAUUGACCUAUUUAUGUAACGGUUUGAGGAAAUGAGGCGAGUUAAGUGCAGUGUGGUUUAUGAUUCAUCCGAGGAAAUCUCCGAUCUCAGCGGAGAUAAAAUAAAAGAUAUUCUGUCCCAUUUCUAAAACUAAUAGCUUCUUUUUUUCGUCCCCCGAAACUUUUUCUUUAUUUUUUAAAGGAGAAUUUCGAUUUGUCAUUCCGAUCAAACUCCUUACUGCGGUGAGUCACAGCUGUGGGUUCCAUCCCCUCUCGUGCGGAGUACAAAUCUGUGACAACGCCACCUGCACAUUAUUGGAACGGUGCCAUAAAAAUCAAGAUAAAAAUAAUAAUAAAAAAAAUCGUCUAUUCCUCAUCCCUUUUCGGAAAUUUAGUCUUCAUCCCUACGAGAAGUCUUCUUGAAAUCAUUUGUAACACGGCGAUCGCCGCCGCUGCGUAAUUAAAAACACUACAAAUUGUCGAGUUUGUAGUGUUUAACCUCUGAAAAAAACCGCUAAAAAUCCCCUAAAAACAUCGCGAGAGGCCGUCUGUAGCCGCUACUAUAUUGACUCUCUUUGGCUCCACUUUGACCCCUAUCGUUGCGACUACUCCGUUGGGAGGCGCUGCGAUCAAGUUUGUCUCCUCUCUCCUCUCUCCAACUUCCUCCCUCGCAGACAGUUCGUCAGUCGUCAUGGAGACGGAAGCUGACUGGAACGUCCCUUCCCUCUCGAGAUGGGUGGCAGGAGCCAGGAGAGUCGACAGAAAGGUUUACCCCGAUCCAGAUGCCGAAGCUACUAUUAUGGGAUCUAUGGUGUAUUGUAUCCAUUACAAGGAAGGGUGCAAAUGGACCGAUGAGUUGAGGAAACUCCAGGCCCAUCUAAACACUUGUAAAUAUGACACCACCCCCUGCACUAAUCAAUGCGGUGCUAUGAUACCUCGCCUGCUGAUGGAGGAUCAUCUGCUCUUCACGUGCCCCAAACGUCGUACCAGAUGUGACUUCUGUGGCAGAGACUUUUCGGGAGAAUCCCUACAGAAUCACGUGGGUUGUUGCCAGUACGAACCCGUUUAUUGCGAAAAUAAAUGCGGUACUAAAGUGCAGAGGAGAUUUAUGAAUAACCAUAGGUUGAAUGAUUGUACUAAACGCCUAGUACCCUGUCGAUAUUGUCAGAAGGAGUUCGUUUUCGACACAUUACAGAAUCACACUGCCAAAUGCCCAAGAUAUCCUUUGCCAUGCCCCAAUCGUUGCGAAGUAGUUAAAGUACCCAGAGAAGAGUUAGAAACACACAUGAACGACCAUUGUUCAGCUGUAGUUAUGCACUGCGCCUUUAAAGACAUGGGAUGUAAAUUUAAGGGUCCUUGGUUUGCUUUGGAUCAGCAUAACGAAGAAAGUGUCAAGUCUCAUUUAGUUUUAAUGUGCGGUCUAGUUUCUAGACAGCAGCAUCAAAUCAGCGCCUUGAGAUCAGCAUUGCACAACAUGACUCUAAACACAUCGGGUGUACUUUUAUGGAAAAUAAACGACUACAACCAAAAACUAACAGAGGCAAAGAGCAAAGAGGGAUUCGAAUUGUGUAGCAUACCCUUUUAUAGUAGUCAACACGGGUAUAAAUUAAUGGCCACUGUAUUUUUAAAUGGCAACGGAGCCGGAGAGGGUACCCACCUUUCCAUCUACAUCAAACUCUUGCCCGGUGAUUACGAUUCCCUUCUCCCUUGGCCAUUCUCUCAUACUGUUUCUUUCACACUAUACGAUCAAUCGUCCACCCCCGAUAAAGCGUGUAACAUUGUCGAGAGUUUUGUGCCAGAUCCAACGUGGAAGAAUUUCCAAAGACCUAGCAGAGAACCGGAUGCAUUAGGAUUCGGUUUUCCACGUUUUGUUUCUCAAGAAACUCUUAGGAAACGCAAUUACAUACGAGACGACACAUUGUUCAUUAAGGUCAAAGUUGACGCCAGUAAAAUUAUAGCCGUUUGAGGGGAGAGAUCAGCCAUUUUGUUUCAAAAUUCAGUCAGCCGAAACAAAUUGAAAAACACCAGAAAUCCUCGUCAGAGGAAUUAACCACGAUGCACUGUUAUGCACCACGAGUUUAGAUAAACUGAAGAAUUUAUUAUUAUAAUUUCCUCUUCUCCUCCCCUCCUUUUUUUUCUGUUUAAGGAAAGCUUUAACUGUCGGAUUUCCAUACUUAAUUAUGUAUAACCUCGUUAAGUUUUUUUAAUGGCCUUUCCGUUAAUUACUGUUUAAUUUAAAUCGUAGCGUUUGGACGUGCAAUAUUUGUUACACUUAUAAAUGGACUUUGCGGGUGUUUAAAAUACGAGAAAAUUCAUCUGUGCAACAAUUCUCCAAAGUAAAACAAUUGUUAAGCAAGAAAGAGCAAUUUACAAAUGUAGCAUAUGAUAACCUACGUGUACAUAAGUAUGUCUCGACUAAAGUAGGCCUGUCACUCCUAGUCAACUACAACUUUCGUCUUCCAUACAUGACGUUCUCCUCCCAUUUUUUGUGUUUUAUUUUGUUUAUUAUUUUUUUUCUCGAUGGAAAAUAACAAGAUGACAAAUUGGAACGACCAAAUUUGACAGGGUAUUCCUGUAUGUUUAUAUUGGAUUUUUUCAUUUCUGUAUAUCGUUGCUAUUGUUCUUUUUAUGUAACGUAACUGUCUGAUAGUUACAUUUGAUAAUGCACAAUAAAACGAGUUAUUUCAUGUAUAAAAAA